AUGCGCACCACUUUCAUCCUCACCAUCGUCUCUACCCUCCUCUCUUUCGUCGUUGCUAUCCCAGCCGGCACUCUCUCCAGCCCAAACACCAACGCUCUCCUCCCUCUCGGAGCCCGUUCCGCUGAGAAGGGCUGCUGGGAGCAGUGCUCUAACCACCUUCAAUGCCAGGGUCUCUGCUACCGCUGCUCCGUCAAUGGCCGUUGCCACCGUCCCUACAAGCGCGAUGAGGGUGUCGAGACUGAGGCUGAAGUUGUAGCUGCCCCAGUCUCCCUUCCCCGUGAUGAGGCUGUUGACACUAUCGCUUACAAGGGUUGCUGGGAGCAAUGCUCUAACCACUUGCAAUGCCAAGGUAUCUGCAACCGCUGCUCAGCCUACGGCCGUUGCCACAUGCCUUAG